AUGUGGACAGGGUUGAUUUUUCUAAACCUCCUGGGAGCUCUGCACUGUACAGUCUCCUCCUCUCCCCCCAGCCCCAUCAAUGUGAUCUUCUCUUCAGUCAAUCUAAAGAAUGUGCUGCAAUGGUUCCCAGGAAGUGGCACACCGGAUGACACACACUUUAUAGUGCAGUAUGCCAUCUAUGGGGAAAGUGUUGAAGGCAGCGAAGGAAGACGGGUGCACUGGAGGAAGGUUCGGCGGUGUACAGAAAUAGUGCGGAGCUGGUGUGAUCUGAGCAAUGAGACGAAGGAUCUGGAGCAGGGAUACUAUGCCAGGGUUCGUGCUGUGAGCCGGAGAGCAUCCUCCAAAUGGGUCUUGACAGGGAGGAGAUUCGAUCCAAAGACGGACACUAGUUUUGGCCCUCCACUGGUUUCUGUGGAAAUAGAGGACAACAACGCCAUCAUCACUCUGAAGGGACCAAUGAGAUAUCCGCCUAACAACCACACCCAAGCGGUUUUCAUGCAAACACUCUACCCCCAUAUGAUUUAUAAUCUCUCCAUCGUCAAUACCCGUCGCAGGCAUAUACACCAUUCCCUAAUGGACUCCCAUUCGUACAAAUUCCGCCUGAUGGAGUACAACACAGAGUACUGCUUCUCUGCUAAGACAAGUUUCUUAUACAUGCCAGCCCACUGCCUGUCCUCUGCAUGGCACUGCAUAACCACGCCUCAAGACCCUGUGAUUGGCCAGCUGCAGAGGGUGGUUGUGGCUAUUAUUGUUCCAUCAGUGUGCAUAUGUAUGAUGGUGGUGGUUGGCUAUCUUCUCUAUCGCUACCUGUCGGGGAAAGGACAAAAGAGCCCAUAUAUACUGAACCCGCCUGCUUUUCAUCAGACCUCUCUGACGUUUCCCCCUGAGAAACCCAAACUCCUCGUCAUCACCAUCAUCAAAGACCUACACCCAGACCCCGAAGCACCCCCACCAGGAUACGCCUUCCAGAGGCCCCAAACACCGCCAGCGCUCGAGGAACCCUGGGAUGAUUUGUCUGUCGACUAUGGGUUUACUGCUGCGGCUCCAAAUCUGGAUGCCAGAGGAGAAGAUAGGAAUAAUACGAAAGUUCAACACGAGAAAUGUGCAGCAUACGAGAAGAAAGGGUGGAAAGUUGAGGAGGCUGGCUGGACACACACAGACUCAUGCACCGUUACUGCCUUUUCAGGCAGCAGCUAUGGGAGAGGAAAAAGAGUUUCCAGGUAUAUUUAUAAACACAACCCCAAAAACUGGCCUCUUACAUAUUCCUUUAAAUCGGCAAACAAAGUUGGGAGGAAUGGGGAAAGAGAUGGUUGUAAAGGUGAGAGCAAGAACAGAUGGAGAGAUAAAUGGAGGUGUGGAGGAAAGAAGUGA